UUCCUUCAUCCUCUCGCCCGCUAACCACCCAAGCAAGCAAAUAUCCCGACAUGCACUCUCCAUCCCUGCUAUUUAUCGAUCCCUCUCUCCCGUACGUCCAGGUAUCUAUCAUAUCGUCUCCAUCCAUUGCCAGCCACCUGCACCCACCCACUGGCCAACUGCCCAUGAGCCCCACAUCGCCGCGGCAGCCCGGCGCCGGCGCCGGCGCGGGCGGGACGCGACACGCCGCGUUUAAGGUCCACAGGGACUCCCACAACAUAAACAAGGCCUCGCCCUCCUCCACCAACUCGUCCGUGUCGUCGUCGUCCAACGGCGCCGCCACCAACAACAGCCACCGGCCGGCACCGGCUCCGCGACAGAAGCAGCCGCAGCCGCAGCCGGUGAUCAUCUACACGCACUCGCCCAAGGUGAUCCGCACCAACCCGCGCGACUUCAUGUCCAUCGUGCAGAAACUCACCGGCCUCGACAGCCCCGGGCCCGCCCGCGGCGCGCCCCAGCUGGCGCGCAACGGGGGCUCGGCCGUCACCGCCGCGCAGGACGAGUCGUCCUCGUCCUCGUCCGAGAGCUGCGCCAACGCCCACGCCCACGCCCACGCCGGGCCGCCGCCUCCCUACGGGGACCCGCAGCUGAUGCCGCCGCUGGACGCGCACUUCAUGGCGCCGGACAUCCCCCUGUUCGCGCCCGGCGCAUCGGAGCUGCAGCUCUGCGCGCCCAGGGGGCUCUACGGCCAGUUCCCGCCUGUCGACGCCGCGGCGCUCGCCCCAAUGGUGUCGGCGAACAUGAGCAACGACGCCGGCAACGGCGGGGCCGUGUUCCCCCCGUCGAUGGUGGAGGCGAUGAGAUCGUUCCCAGACUAUUAA